AUGUCUUCUCCAAACGUCAACCACCUCGCUCAACCGUGCAUUUACGAAAGGAAGUCAGGGAUUAUGAAAUGGCUAAGUAAGCUUUUCAAAUUUGGGACUACUAAUAGAGGAGUCACAUCAGAUGGCCAGCAGCCUCAGUUUCUAGGGGAGGAAAAUAUGUCUUUGCGUGCGCCCGUUAGAUCUUUGGAUGACCGUCCAAGGGCCAAAAGGGAAAAAGAUGAAUUAGAUCGUGCAAUUGCCCUCUCUCUGAAUGAAGAUUUGAAGAGACCAAACGGAUACAGAUGGAGAACAGACAAUGAUGAAGAUCUAGCAAGGUCACUUCGUGAUCGCCUCAAUAUAUCACGCCCUCCAUAUGCUCCUCGAGACCCUCCAUAUGCCCCUCGAGAUUAUUAUCACAGGGGACAUAGAGUAUGUGGUGGUUGCAACCAAGAAAUUGGUUAUGGAAAUUAUUUGGGAUGCAUGGGGACUUUUUUCCAUCCGGAAUGCUUCCGUUGUCAUGCUUGUGGAUACCCCAUCACUGAGGAUGAGUUCUCUUUGUCAGGAAAGGACGCGUACCAUAAGUCCUGCUUUAAAGAACUGACUCAUCCCAAGUGUGAAGUCUGUCACCAAUUUAUUCCAACAAAUGGAGCUGGCUUGAUAGAGUACAGAUGCCACCCAUAUUGGUCUCAGAAAUAUUGUCCUUCACACGAACAUGACAACACAGCUCGAUGCUGUAGCUGUGAACGUUUGGAGUCGAGGAAGACUAGAUAUGUAGCACUCGGAGACGGAAGAAGUAUAUGCUUAGAGUGCUUGGAAUCAGCUAUCAUGGAUACCGGUGACUGCCAACCACUUUACCAUGGCAUCAGAGAUUUCUAUGAAGGAAUGAACAUGAGAAUUGAUCAGGAAAUUCCGAUGCUUCUUGUUGAAAGACAAGCACUUAAUGACGCCAUUGAAGGGGAAAAACAUGGUUUCCAUCACAUGCCCGAAACAAGGGGCUUGUGCCUCUCCGAAGAGCAGACUGUUACAAGUAUACUGAAGAGACCAAGAAUCGGGGGUCGUGGACUGGUAGGAAUGAGAACUCAACCACAAAAGUUGACUCGCAGAUGCGACGUUACAGCCAUUCUGGUUUUGUAUGGCUUGCCGAGGUUACUAACUGGGGCGAUCCUUGCGCACGAGCUAAUGCACGGGUGGUUACGUCUGAAUGGCUACCGUAAUCUCAAUCCCGAUGUAGAAGAAGGUAUCUGCCAAGUGCUCUCAUACAUGUGGCUUGAGUCGGAAGUAAUGCCGGGAGCCAGAAAUAUUCCAUCCACUUCCAUGGCUUCAUCGUCAUCAACAUGGUCAUAUGGAUCGACAAGUAUGCCAUCCACAUUGACUGCUUCAUCUUCAUCCUCUUCAUCAUCGUCUAAGAAAGGUUACAAGUCUAGCGCAGAAAAUAAUCUAGGCGAAUUUUUUAUGCAUCAGAUUGCAAAUGAUGCUUCUCCAGCUUAUGGACAAGGAUUUAGAUUAGCAAUGGCAGCAGUAAACAAUCAGCCUUCUGCCUGUUGGAGAACACGAAAAGACUUCCUCACGAGGAUUGAGUCGAAAAUGCAAAGGUUGGAAUAG